AGAAGCGCCAUGACCUUGCACGUCGCAGGCAGACCUCCCGUGCGAGUGUGGCUGCCUAUCAUGGCUUGGAAUUCCAGCAUGUACAAAAGUAUACCUGAAUGCUGCUUCUUCCAUUAUGCGCCUUAACAUGUAACUCUAUGUCUUUUCCUGUCAUCCCCUCCCCCUCAAGUGGCAUCUCACUCGAGAAUGUGCUAUAGCCUCUAAUUGCCGGAUAUCAAUCAAUCUUGCAAGUAUUCCGCAGGAUUAGCGGUUCACGACAGGAAAGCAUUUCAGUCGUUCAAUGAGAAGAAAAAUGUGUGAUUCACAAGAUUACCUUUCUGGAAAGCGAGACGUUCACACUAGCAUUGGUGCAGAGGUCAUGGACGAAACGACUGAGAAUACUGAGGUUAAUAAUGUCGGCGUCGAUACCAAUACCUACAACGAUAGCGAUUUUGACGAUCCUUUUUCUUGGUCUAUCCCUCUAGAUAUCGAAAAGGUUCAGGAAAGAAGACAUGGCAUCUUUCUGGGCCCAAAAGGGCCGAAAUCCGUCAGUUCACCAUUCGUCUCUCCUGUCAUUGUUGGCCCCAGUGGGCCCGUAGACUCAGUCCCGCUCGCUGUCAUGGUCGACGAAGUUCGCAGCACCCGAGUCCAGGCAAAGCUCGAACGACCCCUCCAAUUGGGAACAUUCAACGGUUUGACGGCUGUGCUGCUUCGAUUUCAUUUAACUUUUCAGCGAACAUCAGACAGCUGGAUGCAUCGAAUUCGCAAGGCAAGGGUGACCAUUACAUUCGAGGACGCACCCAUAGAUCAAAGUAUGGCAUCUAAUGCCCAUCCAUCGGUUGUGAAAUUCUAUCCUAAGCUCUAUGAGGGUCCUGUUUCCACGGCUUCUAUUGAGCAUACUCUUGAGGCAUCUGCACAAGCAGCUUCAAUGCCCGGCAUUGCGAGCGCAGGCGCUGGAUACAAUCGAAAAAAAGCGUUGACCAAAGAAAACAGAUUAGUCAUUCAUGGUGUCACAUACGGAGAGCCGGCAGCCACGAUUGUCUUCACGAUCAAGGAGAAUGAAAUUUCCAAGAGUGGCAUGCCGAGGCAAAUCGACCUUGCCCUAAUUGUCAACACUCUGUCAGGGAAGAGAUUUUCCGCGUCGGUGGAGAUUCUAGCAGACUAUGGAUUCAGAAGCGGGGCGUUGGGCAUGCCAGCACGCGGAAAAAAUUUGCGGCCUGUUUUUAUUGACCCCGAGGGUCUCCGGCAGAUGGCAAAAGACGGGAAAAGAGGGGUCGAUGGGGCCUUGAUUGUUACAGAAGCUAGCAGUCUGGACAACUUUGCGCUCGACACAUACAGUUCGUUGCCCUACUAAGCAACACGAAUAGCGUGAUUUUUCAAAUAUGAGAAUGUUUCCUGCUCCCGUGGUCGGUUCAACACAUAGUCUUUGUUUGAAAUUUGAGAAAUGAAAUUUGACAUUGGUACGGAGGGAUGGGAGUUUAGACAUUUUUUUUUUGACAGGCACACUAGUCGUUCCAAUCAUCCCAGGAGUGUGGAAUGGAGACAAAGUAUCAUGAUGAGGCAUAGCAGUACUAUACCGGUGGCAUGGAGCAUAUCGUCAUUAUUGAAUGAUUCGUUUCAUUUGUCAAAUUGACAAGAACCACAGAGCCAGCAUUCACCAAUUAGAGAGAUUCUCUUAGUAAGACCAACAGAGAGGACCGCAGGAAAGUCAAGGUUACUUGCCCGAGGCGGGACAAGAUAGACAAGAAGAAGAGAAGGA